UUCCGUCCAGACAGUAUAAGUCCUUGCUGCACGUUGUCACGAGACGAUUAAAUUGCACUGGAACUUCUUUCCAUCAAUGGAUCUCUCUAAUGAGCCAUAGCGACUGCAUUCUCCUGGAGGCUAUUUCCUUGUUUGCCCAAUACGCAGUCUUACUUAGACAUGCAGCCUGAAAUUAGCGUUUUAGGCAAAUCUUCCCAUUUCAAAGAAGUCACAGUUUCCUGAAGGCUAAUUCAGAAUGGGAUGUCGUCCAUCCAAAGGAUCUGCAACAAAAAAAGGGACGAAGCAGCAGAAAUACCUUCUGCAAGAAAUCAGAGACCACAAAGGAGGCAUCAAUUGUAUGGUACUAAGUGAUGAUGCAUCUCUUCUUGUAACUGGAAGUGAUGAUAAAACAGUGAGAAUGUGGAGCACGCUUUCAGAUCCUACAGAAUGUUUAGGGAUACUGGAAGGUCAUGACGGUUAUAUUACAUGUUGUGCGGUGCAUGAACAGUGUGUCAUCACAGGCUCUUCGGACGCUACCAUACGCAAAUGGUUUAUUGCUACUGCAGAAUGCUUGGCCAUCUAUACAGGACAUAGUUCUCGGAUAUCCAGGCUUCUAUGUGUGGGUCAUCUUAUAUUCUCCACUUCAAGUGAUCAUACCACCAGGGCUUGGCUGUUUGAUUUGAGCGAAGUAUCCGAUGAACAAGGAGAAGCUUGCAUUAAAGUCUUUCAGGGUCACACAAAAGGUACUUAUCCGUUGAUACAUGUACCAAUGGACGAAGAUGCUGGACUCGAUCUAGGUGCUGGCAUUCUCGUUACUGGCUCUGCUGACUGCACAGCUCGUUCGUGGUCAGUUGACUCAGGCUUAUGCUUAAAGAUCUUCCGAGGCCACACUGCUCCACUAAAUUGUUUGGCUCUUGAUCAUGGAAAGCAAGUAUUGUACACAGCUGGCGGAGAUGGCCUUAUAAAAAGUUGGAACCUUAUGUCAGGAGAAGCGCUCAAAGUACUGAGAGGUCAUGAAGGACCAAUAUUUUGCCUUAUGAUCCAUAAAAGAAUGUUAUAUUCGGGAAGCUCAGAUAAAUCAGCACGGUCUUGGGUUCUAGAAUUUGGAGAAUGCACAAGAAUAUACACUGGACAUCGACAUACAGUAUCUUCCAUUCGCCUAUCUGAUGGAAUGCUAUACACAGGAUGUGGAGACACAAUGGCUAGAAUGUUCGAAGCGAAAUCAGGAACACUCAAAAGAAUAUUCAAAGGUCACGAAAAUGCAAUUGUUUGCGUAGAGACUGUACCGGGAAAACUUUUCACUGGCUCAUAUGAUGGGAGUAUUCGAGUAUGGAAUACAACAGGUGUAAAAGAUGAAACUGUAUUCGGUACAGAUUUCAGUGAAAAAGACCAAAGAAAUGAGGACCUGGAAGAAGACAGCGAAGAUGUUCAGAAGGCUGUGAAAUCGCUUGAUCCCUAUUUAACAUAUUGAAUACUGUAACUAGAAACAAUUUUGUAUAAAGUGCUUUUAUAUGGUCUCUCAUUCAUAUGGAGGAAA